UUGUUAAGGUUAGGAGACGUUAAGGAAAAAAAGGGCAAACUAGCUCUAGAAUAUUAUGAAAUUUUUAAUACGCGUUUUUGGGAUGCUCCAAAUGAGCACAAUGUUGAAUCUGAAACAAAUAUACAAGAAAGAAGUGAAAAACUUCGGAAGAAAAAUAUG